AUGGAAGUGCUUCUGUUUCGUGCCUGGGCCCUGCUGGCCUUGAUCUCUUGCCCAGGGACCACAGAAGAGCUAUUUGAAGUUACAGUUUGGCCUGAUCAGGCUCUGGUGGAGUUUGGACAGUCUCUAAUAGUCAACUGCAGCACCACCUGUCCAGACCCAGGACCCAGUGGAAUUGAGACCUUCUUAAAGAAAACGCAGGUGGACAAAGGACCUCAGUGGAAGAAGUUUCUCCUGGAGGAUAUCACUGAGAAUUCCGUCCUGCAGUGCUUCUUCUCUUGUGCAGGGAUCCAAAAGGACAAGAGCCUUGGCAUCACCAUAUAUCAGCCACCAGAGCAGGUGACCCUGGAGCUGCAGCCUGCCUGGGUGGCCGUCGAUGAUGCCUUUACAGUGAAGUGCCAUGUGGCCAGUGUAGCACCUCUGGAGAACCUCACACUUACAGUUCUCCAGGGUAGACAAGAACUACAUAGAAAGAACUUUGUGAGCUUGGCUAUGGCCUCCCAAGGAGCUGAGGUCACCAUCAGUGUCAGAGCCCAAAGGGAGGAUGACAGGUGCAAUUUCUCCUGCCAUGCAAAACUGGACCUGAGUUCGCAAGGCGGAGGGCUUUUCCAUAGCACUUCAGUCAGCAAGGUUCUCCGGAUCUUUGAAUUCUCUCAGAGCCCCCAGAUCUGGGUCUCUCCACUUCUGGAGGUUGGGAUGGCAGAGACUGUGAGCUGUGAGAUGGCUAGGGUGUUUCCAGCCAAAGAGGUAAUGUUCCACAUGUUCCUGGGAGACCAGGAGCUGAGCCCCUUCCUCUCCUGGGAGGGGGACACAGCUUGGGCCAAUGCCACUGUUCGGGCCAUGGAGACUGGUGAUCAAGAGCUGUCCUGCCUUGCAUCUCUGGGUCCAAUGGAACAGAAAACAAGAGAACCAGUGCAUGUGUAUAGCUUCCCUCCCCCAGUCCUGGAGAUAGAAGAAUUAUACCCCUUGGCAGGGACAGACAUAAAUGUGACCUGUUCAGGGCAUAUAUUAACAUCACCCAGCUCUACUCUUCGACUUCAGGGAGCUCCAGACCCCCCUGCCCCUGGGGAGCCUGCCUGGCUUUUACUUACUGCCAGGGAGGAAGAUGAUGGCCGAAACUUCUCCUGUGAAGCCUCCUUGGAGGUUCAGGGUCAGCAGUUAAUCAAAACCACUACUGUCCAGCUCCAUGUCUUCUACAAACCACGCUUAGAGGAAUCUGGUUGCCCUAGCAACCAGACAUGGGUGGAAGGGAUGGAGCAGAUGCUUGCCUGUGUCCCAAAGGGAAACCCGGCUCCAGCCUUGGUAUGUACCUGGAAUGGAGUGAUCUUUGACCUUGCAGUGCCACAGAAGGCAACCCAAAACCACACUGGAAUCUACUUCUGCACGGCCACUAACCAGCUGGGCGCAGUCAGCAAAGACAUUGCUGUCGUUGUUCAAGGACUGGAUGAAGGAAACAGCCCUACAAUCUUUGUUGUUAUCAUUAUCGCCCUUGGAGUGGGUAUAAUCAUCAUAGCUCUCUAUUUGCACUAUCGGCCCUGCAAAAUAGAGAGGAGAAAAUUGCCCUAUAGACAGAAAGAGAAGAACAAAGAGGAAGAAAGCCAGCUUGCUGUUCAACAAGUGGAAAAGUGCAACUCACAUAAUUGUUAACUAGAAGCAGUUAUUUGGUUGAAUGAGACUUCUGAGGGAAAAGAGAGUAGAGAAGUAAGAAAGAAACCAAAAGUGAGGCUACAUUACCCUUUGUAAAACAGUGUUUCUGUCCCCCAUGUCCCUUGUAUCCAAACCACCCACAAGCUUGUCUCAAUGUUUAACUAGUGAGAGGGCCUCUUGCUCCUUGCUACGUGCUCAGUAAGUCCACUCUUAGUUUCAAAAAAGAUCCUGCCCUUAUCUCAUGAUCCCCACUCCCAGUGGCCUUUGCUACCCAACACAGCAGAUUGCCUCUAGACAUCAGCCUACAAUGAUAAUCAAAAAUAUCUUAGAAAUGUAACUUAUUUCUCAUUGUCUCCUUAUGACUAAGUGGGAGCUAAUUUCUUGGUCCAGGGACAGGACUUUUAAGGGAAUGAGCACCAAACACACACAUUCCUCUGCUCUCUCACCUGGGGUUCUGGAAUGCCAGUUCCCAGAACUGAGCUUGAUGACAUCAUUAAGGAGUCCUGGAUGUAGCUUUGGCAAAAGAGUCAAUGACUAGUUGAACUCAGGAAUGAUCUGUUGUGGGCCUUGGAGGAGUACAAAAAUGAUAAGAAAUUCCACACUGUGUCAAACAAGCAGCUUACUUAGCCUAGUGUUCUGGCUUUCAAGUGGAAGGUAGAGUUCUUCCAUGAAAUUGGCCUCGUGGGUUAAGUGCUCCAAACAUCUUUGAAUUCCUCUUAAUAAUCCAUUAGAGAGUAAUCAUCCGUGAGUUCACAUUCAACUUAAUGUUUUUAUCUUUACAGGCUCUUAGGGUAGUUCCCUUUCCAUAAAGAAGUACGUAUUUUUAAUCUGUCUCCGAACUAUUUCUCUUAAACUUCAAGAGGAAUCCCUUUGUGACAAUGUUCACCAAAUGAUUUUAUGAUUCACUUCCUCCUCUGUUCUUUGGAAAGAAUGUAUUCAUCUCCAGAGAAGACAUGAGGAAUCAUAAAACCAGACCUUUUCUCCCAAAGCAGUCAUGUGUGGGUCACUGAAAU